CCCCCAUCUGCCCAUCCUUCUGCCUGGGAGCCAAGGGGGGUCUCCGAGGCAGGCAGCCAUGAUCUGAUACAUCUGGACCCUGAGGGCUGGUUCCUCACCUGACACACACAGAGAGAGAGACUGAUUCAUUAGUGGCUCUAACCCCUUCCUCUGCAGGACCUGGCAUGUGGGGCUACCUGUCCCUGCUGCCUGCCUUCCUGGCCCUCUGGGCUACCACUAGCAUCUGGACUGUCUUUGCGAUUGCGGUGGCCAACAGGACUGUGAACCUCACAGAAGGCAUCCCCUAUAUCAGUCUCUGUGGAUCGUACCCCCCUCAGAGCUGCAUCUUCAGCCAGCUGCUAAACCUGGGAGCUGCUAUGGCCGCCUGGAUCUGCAUUCUCCGUUACCACCAGUUCCGGGACUGGGGCGUCAGAAAGUGGUUUAACCAGCUGGUCCUGUGGUCGGGGCUCCUCUGUGCCCUGGGCACCUCCGUGGUGGGCAAUUUCCAGCAAAAGAACCAGCAGGCCACACACCUGACGGGGGCCUUCUUCGCCCUCUUUGUGGGCAAUGUCUACUUCUGGCUGCAGCUCCUUCUCUCUUGGAGGAUGAAGAAUCUGCCCCAGCCCGGGGCCCCCUGGAUCGGGCCACUCCGCUUUGUCCUCUGCAGCUUGUGCACCAUCCUCAUGGUGACCAUGGUCAUCCUCCACACCAGCCUGCUGCGCUCCGCCUCGGCCGUCUGCGAGUGGACGGUCGCCAUGCUGCUCUUCACGCUCUUUGGCCUCCUGGCCGUGGACUUCUCCUGCCUGGAGGGCUGCACCCUGUGUCUCCAGCCUGGCCCCAGCCUGGGCCCGCAGCCAGACUUGGACUCCCCCAUCUCCCUGAAGCCCCAGCCGGCCCAGGCGCUCUGACCCAGGCUUCGCCCUCACUAGCAGAGGAAAGCGAGGCCGAUUCCCGGAGGCCUCCCCAACAUAAAACGCUGGGAGGAACCUUCAGGGACGAACCUGGGGGUGAACUUGAAAGAACGUGGCCAGCGCUGCCCCUCCUGGAGCCCCGUGGUGUCCACGCGUGGAGGGGCUGUGAGCGACCGGUGGGCUGGCAUCUCUGUGCCCUUCUGUCCCUGCGUCGGGCCCCGCCCCCACCAUCAGGGCCACCGGGGGAAGCGAGAGGCCAAGGCGAGUCAGCCAGUCCCUGAUCAAGGCUAUUUAUUAUUGUUCUUCUUUUGCCGCCGGGCGGAAUCAGAGAC